GAGAGAUCAGAGUGGCCUUCCUUUAUAUGUAGACGGUGAUGUAGCCACAGGUAAAGGUGGGAGGUGAGUCAAGUGGAUUCUGCAAGUAGGGUUGCUGUUGCCUUGGCAACAGGUGUUGCUGUCACCUAUGUGAUGUCAUGGGUUUCAGAGGUCCUGAUACCAACACUGCCAACUACAGAAGAACCUAGGGUGACUGUCCAGGUAGCUGAAGUCAAAGCUGCCUUUGUCCUAGCCGAAGAAAGGUAUGACCUAAUUGAGGGCCAGACUUUGACAGUGGACUGUCCCUUCAACAUCAUGAAAUACUCCAGGAGCCGGAAGGCUUGGCAGAAGCUACCAGCUGGGAAGGAACCCUUGACCCUGGUGGUCACAGAGAAGUCCUCUAAUGGACCCAGUGAGGUCCACAUGGGGAAGUACACCCUGAAACAUGACCCUACUGAGUCCAUGCUCCAUGUUCAAAUGACUGACCUUCAAGUGACAGACUCUGGAUUGUAUCGUUGUGUGAUUUACCAUCCUCCGAAUGACCCCGUUGUGCUCUUCCAUCCUGUCCGCCUGGUCGUGACCAAGGGUUCCUCGGAUGUGUUCACUCCUGGCAUCAUUCCUAUUACAAGUCCUGCUGACCUUUCCAUCCUUAGCACCACAAAAUACUCACCCAGUGACACAACUACGACCCGAUCCCUACCCAAGCCCACUGGUGUUGUUUCCUCUCCUGAUCCUGGAGUUACCAUCAAAAAUGAGACAGAUGCUGACAGUGUCUCUGUAUCCAGUGUAAUGAUUCCCGUCGUCUGUGGACUUCUCAGCAAGAGCCUGGUUCUUAUAGUCUUAUUCAUUGUCACGCAAAGGUCAUUUAAAUGACAGAAGCUAUGCAAUAGGACCUUGAGUGGUGUGUAUCUCACAGGAGGAGCUGAGGUGGGGAGGUGGGGCUGAGGAGGAACUGUGAUAUUAAUUGAGCCUGUAAUUGUGGUGACAUCUAAGGCUCAGGAUGCCCUCAGCUGACCUUGCCCACUUUCCUCAUUUUAUCCAUCAUCGUGGAGAUGUGCUCUGAACCCUCAGAAAAGAGGAAACAAUUCCCAGCACACACUGGCCAUUCCCCCUAAAUAGGUGAGUUGGCCUGAAAUAAAGAGAAAAUCCAGCGCUU